ACAUCCGAUGGUCCUGUUAACCCAAACGAAGCGAGCUGGUGGAGGUGUCUGCUCGUUGGUCCUGAAGAAUAGGAUAAAUAGGACCUGGUAUCCAACUACCAAGUAACAAAGCUCAAAGGAAAGCAUCAGAGAUUUGAUCCAGCAGCAGAGGGUGACGAAGUUGGAAAGGCAACGCAAAACAAAAGAAAGAAUCUCAAAGAAGAUAUCAGUUGUCAACAAGACUGAAUAAAGAUGAAUCACAGCAUUAGCAUAAUCUUAGCCACAGUGGCCUUGGUCGUCGCAUCCAUGGUCGGUGCUGCCCCAGGAGGAAAACAUGGACCUGGUGGACAUGACCACGGUCCCGGCGGCCACGACCACGGACCAAGACAUGAUCACGGUCCUCGUGGUCACGACCACGGACCCGGGCAUGAGCAUGGUCCUCGGGGCCACGACCAUGGCAACGAUCGCGAUCAACCAACCGAGGCCAACGAAGUGGCUUCUCUCGAGCCGGGAAGAUGCACCAAAAUUGUGAGCGCUACAGUCACAGUGACGCAAUCAUACCAAACUCGAAGAAGAGUCGCAACGAGGACAAGGUGCGGAUGGCUUCAUUUGGCACACUGCAGGAAAUACAGGUGGAAUCCUCACGUGGCGUACAGGCAAGUAACCAAACUCGUUUACGUCAAUGUUCGCAAGUGUUGUGUUGGAUUCAUGGAGGUCAACGGAGUUUGUGAACCCCAAGGAGGGCGAACCUUACCACCGCCGACCACCAUCAUCACCGCACCACCGGACUCAACAACUCCUCGUGAUGACAGCAUUCCCGAUGACGAGAUGAUGAUUAUUGAUAAUUCCCUGCAGAAGUUCGUCUUCUUCGUCAUCGUCCUCGUCGCUAUCCUCAUCAUUGGUAUUGUCAUCGGAGCCGUGGUCGUCCACCUGUGCGGGGGAAGAAAGGAGGUUAUGAGAAGAAUAUCAACACGAAGAUUCAACAGGAAAACGAGGAAACAAACAACUAAAGAUCUGAACGGAAAAUCAUGCGGCAAGACACCUGAGGAUGACCCACCCCCUCGCUAUCAGAGCUUCAAUGAACAUGAUAAACAAACCCCAUCAACAGGAGUAGCCUACCAUCCACAUGGUCAUGGUCAUUCCAAUGACCACGCCCAUGGUCACAGCUAUGGUCAAAAACAUGGACACACUCAUGACCAAAACCAUGGUCACACCCACAACCACCCCCACUACCAACCCACCGCACCAACGUACGAUGAGGAGUACGCUAACGCCGAUAUGAUGGAUGCCCGACCAAUAGUAGCACUUCCGGUUCCGGGAAACGGCGUCCAAGCAAAGAGCUGCAAUACACAAGCCGGGUACUUGGAGAUCUACGAGUCGGAGCCUAAACCUACCAAACCUGGACAUCACUAAGAGGCUCCAAUUAUUUCAUGAGAUGCCGGAGAGUAGAACAAUGGAGGCUUAAUGAUUGAACGGCAAACCACAGAUUAAGAAACUUUAAAUUGAAGAAAUGGGCAAAACUAACCCAUAUUCUAUGUGUCAUUUAUUAUACUCGCACAAAAUCAUAUUUUGUGUAUCUAUUUACACUUAUUGUACUUCAUCGUGUGAUUAUAACGGAUGUUUAAUCGAUGUACAUAUCCAAUAAUAUUCUCUCUGUCUGAAUAAAUGAUAACGAUUUGAAAAUUUGCAUAUUUUUACUCAUUUCUACGGCACAUCGUAAUUGAUAACCAAAAUGAAAGUUACAGGAUGGCCUACAAGUUGCGUGAUAGAUUGAUUGAUCGAUUGAUUGAUUGAUAACUUCAUUGAUAGAUGAAUUAUUUGAUGGAUGGAUUGAUUGACAGAUUUUUUUUCUAUUGAUUAAUUGAUAAAGAAAAAGAUAAAGAGAGAGAGACAGAUUGAAGGAUCGUUUAAUUUUGUCAUUUGAUUAUUUGACAUUUGAUUUUAUCUAAUUCAAUUUAUUGUUAUUGUUUGGUAUCAUUGAUUGAUUGAUAAUAGCAGGAAUGAUUGAUUGAUUUAUAUUACUGUUUAUACAUAGAUAUAGAUAGAUUGGUUGGUUGGUUGUUAGAAAUAUAAUAUGAAUAUUUGGAUAGGCAGACAUAUA